AUGACCGCCGAAAAGACUGAAAGCACCGUCAAACCCGUGGAGAAUGAUAGUCUACCGGGCGAAAUCCUCGAGGAUGACGGUGAAGUCUUUAAGGAUAAUGCGGACCACGCAAAGUUUCGUGCCCUGGGGCUCAUUCCGACCAUCAUUGUUCUCAUCAAGCUCUGCUUUGCGACUGGAGUGUUGUCAAUUCCCGCUGCCCUUGGAGUUGUGGGCUAUGGACCAGGCGUCGUCCUUUUGACACUAUGGAGUGCAUUGACUAUGUAUUAUGCCUUUGUCAUGUAUCAAUUCAGGAUGAAGUACAAAGGUAUUCAUAAUAUCGUCGAUGCUGCGAUGCUCAUGGGUGGACCAAUUGCACGAGAGGCUACUGGUGCUCUUUUCCUUCUGACUUGGACCCUGUGCACUGGCUCCGGAUUUGUUGGGUUGUCGCAAGGUCUCAGGAUCCUCGCCAAUGGCAAAGGAUGUAGCAUCGUCUGGACACUGGUCGCCGCUAUCGCCACUGGCAUACUUUCGAGCAUUCGAACUCUCGGGAAGUUAGCUAUCCUCACUUGGAUAGGGUUCGCCAGUAUUUUUACGGCAGUUUUCAUUGUGGUGGUUGGUGUAACAACCAUUGAAAGGCCUGCUGCGGCGCCUCAAGAAGGCCCCUUCGACCUGGGUGUCAUCGCUGUAGGACAUCCCGGAUUUGUCGCAGGACUUGUCGCGGCGCUGAAUCUUUUCUCUGGAUUUGGCUCAACCUCCACCUUUAUGCCUGUCAUGGCAGAGAUGAAAGUACCCAGAACUUUUCCAAAGGCGCUCUUUAUUUCUCAAGGCCUUUUAGUUGCUUGCUAUAUUUCCUUCGGCCUGGUCGUCUAUGUAUAUUGUGGAAUUUAUGUCGCCAGUCCGUCUCUUGCAAGUGCAGGAGGAACACUCGAGAAGGUAGCAUAUGGUAUCUCCAUCCCGGGUUUUAUCAUGACCUCGACACUCUGGACCCACGUCGCUGCCAAGUUUCUUUUUGUCCGAAUCCUUCGUGACUCUGAUCAUCUGCAAAGCAACAGUUUAAGGCACUGGGUUACUUGGCUAUCCUCAACCAUCUCUCUAACAAUCGUAUCCUUUAUCCUCGCUGAAGCCAUCCCCUUCUUCAGCUUGAUUUUGGGCCUCAUUGGUUCCCUUUGCUGUUCUCCAACCUGCCUGGUAAUUCCUGGUUUCAUGGGCCUCUACAUGCAGCGAGGCAACUACACGUCCAGCAGGAAGAUUAUGGCACUUUGUGCUCUGCACUGCGUCACUAUCGUCGGGGGCUCAUUCAUGGCCAUUGCUGGUACUUAUACAACCAUUCAGAGUAUUGUUGACGCUUAUGCUUUAAACUCUGUGGCGAGGGCAUUCAGGUGCUCAUGAGUAGGAUGAGUCCUACCUUUUACAGCAACUUGAAUAGUCUUUGUUCAUACUCAGAUAUCCUACCUUGGCCGAGUGCCUGACAAGAGCGGACAAGGUAAAUCCGG